GUUCUCAGGUGCAAACGAUGGCUCUUCUCAACAUUCACUUGUUUUUAUAGUACGACAAGAAGACACACGGUGAUUUCUAUGACGUAGCAUUGGUGUCCAUAAAAUUCUUGUUUUUUCCACAUAUGCGCUGCGUGCAUAGGUGCAUUUGGUCCAGCGGCGUCAAAAGUUCCAUCAUGAAUCCAUCCAUAUGGCUCCUGUCAGCCUUAGCAGCUAUAUGCACAGCUCAGAGCGAAUUUUUCAACCCUGAUUCGCAAGACCAAGCCGUGGAUUUCACCCAAUCCGAAUACGCCAGUCAGGGUAACCAACAGCUCACACCAGAGGCCGAACAGAGAAACUACCAAACAGUUGGUACUUACAAUUUGGACGUCCAGAACGAACCUUAUGGCAUCGAUUACGUCUACCAUGACUACGAAGCCAUGACUAAAUUUCUCAGGGCUACAACUGCCAAAUAUCCCACGCUAACAGCGCUCUAUUCCAUUGGGAAAUCUGUCCAAGGUAGGGAUCUCUGGGUUUUGGUUGUCUCCGCAUCUCCAUACGAACACAUGAUUGGUAAGCCGGAUGUGAAAUAUGUCGCUAAUAUGCACGGAAAUGAAGCUGUCAGUCGAGAAUUGAUGCUGCAUUUGAUCCACCAUUUCGUGACGCAAUACCACGUGGACCCUUACACAAGAUGGCUGUUGGACAACACCAGAAUCCACAUCAUGCCUUCGAUGAACCCGGACGGUUUUGAAGUUUCCAAAGAGGGAACCUGCGAAGGAGGCCAAGGAAGGUAUAACGCCAGAGGGUUCGACCUCAACAGGAACUUUCCAGAUUACUUCAAACAGAACAACAAGCGGCCUCAGCCGGAGACUGAAGCUGUGAAAGAGUGGAUUUCGAAGAUACAGUUCGUACUUUCCGGAUCGCUCCACGGUGGCGCCCUAGUCGCCAGUUACCCCUUCGACAACACACCGAACUCACUGUUCUCCAGUUUCGGUUCGUCCCCAUCUCUAACCCCUGACGAUGACGUUUUCAAACAUCUGGCUCUCACCUACUCCACCAACCACGCCAAGAUGAGCAGAGGAGUCGCCUGUAAAUCCUCCCAGAAGGGCUUCAACGGCGGCAUCACCAACGGCGCCGAGUGGUACCCGUUGACCGGCGGCAUGCAGGAUUUCAACUACGUGUGGUACGGCUGUAUGGAAGUCACUCUUGAGGUCUCCUGCUGCAAGUACCCCCCUGCGCAGGAGCUACCCAAGUACUGGGAGGACAACAAGGCUUCGCUCAUAAAGUUCUUAGCCGAAGCUCAUAGGGGUGUGCACGGUUAUGUGGUCGACGAAAACGGCAACCCUAUAGAGAAAGCCUCUCUGAAGAUAAAAUCCAGGGACGUCGGAUUCCAAUCGACCAAAUACGGGGAAUUCUGGAGGAUUCUACUACCGGGAGUUUAUAAAUUGGAGGUUUACGCCGACGGAUUCGUACCUCGUGAACUAGAAUUUGUCGUGACAGAUCAACACGCCACUCUUCUGAACGUUACGAUGAUGGCCGCCAAGCGUAAAGACGGCCACCACUACAGGCCUCACCCUCAAACUCCCCAUCAUCCACCUUUUCACAGGGGGCCACCUCCACCACAGCUCAACAGACCCCCCCAAGGGGGCAUAUUUUCAUCUCUAAGCGACGGCUUCAACAGUUUCGUCAGCAACAUCUUCGGCUAGGAUAGAUCAAAGCACGUCCAGAAAAAACUAAGUAGUACAAAAUGAACGACCUAGCUAUAACAUCACGCGAAUCCUCGAGAUUUCAAAUUCCAUAAUUUAUUUCUAGUGUAAGUUGUAGUUUUAUUUAUUUUUAAGAUUCGUGCUGUAUUUUUCCAUCAAUUCACAUUCAUCGAUUGUUCCAUUGUGUAUAUUGUUUCACGAGAGAAAAACACUCUGCAAAUUACAUUUUAUUUCGAAUAAAAAGGCACAUAUAAGUA